AUGAGCGAUACGAGCAAAGUCUGGUUCUUGACAGGCGCGACCAGCAAUUUCGGCGUCGCGCUCACGCGGACACUUCUCAAAGCUGGCCACUGCGUCGUUGCCACUGCGCGCUCCCCGUCCAAGCUCCCAUUUACUGAGGAGGAGUCAGAUGCACUCAUGAUCCUGCCCUUGGAUGUCAGCGACCCAUCUUCAAUCUCCGUGGCCUUUGACGCGGCGAAGAAGCGAUUCGGGCGUAUUGAUGUUGUGGUCAACAAAGCGGGGAGCAAUGCAGUCGGUGAAUUGGAGGCCUUGUCAGACGAGAGGGCUCGUGGUAUCUUUACCACCCAGUUCUGGGGACCGGCGCGCGUACAGGAAGAAGCUGCAAAAAUAUUCACCGCGCAAGGAGAUCAGGGUCUAAUAUUCAAUAUCACGUCUCCCGCCGCUGUAUUCCCAGGGCCGUUAGGCACUAUCAUGUGCGCAUCGAAAGCUGCUUCGGAGGUUUGGACUCUUGCUCGCGCCCGUGGACUUCCCUCCGUCGUUGCUGUCAACGUCCGUCCAGGUGGAUUCGAAGAACAUCCCCAAGCGGACUUGAAAGAGCAGCCUCCAGCGUAUGGCGCCAAGGAUCUCGGUCGGACUGUAUCUGCGACUUUGCGCUCGGCGAUGGGCAAUCAACCUCCUGGUAUCGGAGACGUUCAUAAAAUGGUAGCGCAGCUAGUCGCCAUCGCCGAUCAACCAAGGAAUCAACUCCAGAGUGCGAUUCUGCUUGGCAGCGAGUCGUAUGGCGUCUCGCGAGCGAUGGCGUUGAAACAGAUCGCGCACAUCUCGCACAGCCAGAAUAUCUUACGAAGCGUCAAGACGGCAAGCACUCGUUCUUCAAUCGCACGCGUAUGGUUUGUGUCGAAUGCGAACACAACCCUUGGACAGACCUUGGUGCGGGUGCUUCUCGCCGCAGGUUCUCGUGUCGCCGCUGUUACGCCUGCAAACGAGACACAGUCUCUGGCUAUCGCUCAUGAUCACCUUCUCCUCGUACGCCUGCAAGAUCUCAGCGUCGCGUCCAUCACCUCUGCAAUGGACGAGGCUGUGGAACGCUUUGGACGGCUCGACCUAGUCGUGAAUGCUCCCUCUCGCGGACCUGGGUCUCAAGGAGAUUCAUGGGACUUGUUGCACGGCGCCGUUGAUCGCAUCUUCUGGUCCUCAAUGAAUACGAGCUCAGCCGGUGUUAAGACUCUCCGCGAGCGCAAUCCGACGGGCGCCGGUGGGCGUAUCUUCAACAUCCUCGCCACUGAGUCGGGAGUGGGCCCGAUCGUGAGCACUAUGAACAAGGCCUUGGAAGUAGGAACUAUAGCGCUCUCUCGUGAGCUGCCCAGGAAGUGGAACAUCGGCGUCUCCGCCAUUACCAUAGACGGCGAUCUGCACGCAGAUGACGAGACGGCCCGUACGCUCGUGGCUAUGGCAGAAUUGUCUUAUUCGAUCCUUCCAAGCCAGCUGUCUAUAGGAUCCCAGUCGCUUGCGCUCGCUCAAUAUGCCGCCCAGAUCGAGCUUGAUGAGACUUGUUCCGAGCAGGUUAUGGCGCGCGCGAUGGCGAUGGAUCGUGACUAUAUCGAUGGUCGAGCGCGAGUGGGGCUUUACCUUUCUAUCUUCACCUUGAUCAUUUCACCAUCUCCCUCCCACUUCACGAUGUUCAUAUUGGUACUUUCGACUGUUGGGUGGGGCCUUCGUUUGGUGGCCGUUGAGACAUUCAAAAGACUCUUUACACGCAAGUGA